GCACCAGUGUGAACGCCAUCUACGACAAUGCGCUCCAGGGUCUGCGCAGCCACGAGAUCCUCCGCCCUGUUGAGCCCCACUCAGGCCACAGCUCUUGCUGUCAGAUAUGCUUCCAAGAAGACAGGUGGCAGCUCCAAAAACCUUGGUGGAAAGUCUUCUGGCAGACGCUAUGGCAUCAAGAAAAUGGAAGGUCACUACGUUCAUGCUGGCAACAUCUUGGGGACUCAGCGCCAGUUUCGCUGGCACCCAGGAGCCCACGUGGGGCUGGGGAAGAAGAAAUGCCUGUAUGCCUUGGAAGAGGGGGUAGUCCGCUACACUAAGGAGGUCUAUGUGCCCAAUCCCAGCAAUGCAGAAGCUGUGGAUCUGGUCACCAAGCUGCCCAGGGGUGCUGUGCUCUACAAGACUUUUGUCCACGUGGUUCCCACCAAGCCUGAGGGCACCUUCAAACUGGUAGCUAUGCUUUGAGCUCCUGGUUGAGGCUGUUGGACAGACACUGGAUCCUAGGUGCCAGGAAAGGACAGUACCAGAAGAAGUCAAGGUUUGGGGAUGACGACAAGGCCUCCCAAGGAAGAGGUCUGCUUGAUGGUGACUCUGCAGGAGCUCUGUGAAGUGACUGGCUGGGAAACCCUUUGGGAGAUCUAAGCUGGGGCCAG